AUGAACAGAAACUAUAUCUUCCUCAUUUGCAAUGGAAUCUUGGUCCUCCUUGCAAAGACCUCCGGCUUCAUCAAUAUCCGUUCUCCGUCCGUUGACUCUGAUCUUAAUGAUCACCACUUAGGUCUGAUCAAUGGAGAUAGUUUGCAAUCAUCAACAGAGUCACUAAUGAUAGAGAAAGAACAAGUUUCGGUGGAAUAUUUAGAUGAAGAACAUGAGCCAGCUGGAAUUGUGAAUUUGAAUACAAUAUUAGGGGGAGAAGAAAAACAAGAAGAAGAUGAAGAGAUUGAAAAAGGGUCCAGUGGCUUUAUAAUUCAAGAAGAAGAAGUAGAGGAGGAGGAGGAGGAGGAGGGAAAUGAUGACGAGUUGUUAAAUAGAGAAGAGCUGAACAAGAAAUUUGAUGAUUUUAUUAGGAGGAUGAAGCAAGAAAUCAGGAUUGAAGUUCAACACCAACUACUAAUUGUUUAG